CUUCUCCAGCAAGACUCGCCAACGGUUGCCGCUAGGAUCCGCUAUUAGUCAUCGUCGAAAAGGAUCCACUAUUAUGACAUGUUUAAUACUUGUAGUGCAUUUGUGAUAGCGACAAAGACAUUUGUUAAUGGAAUAUGGUGCACUAGAUAUUGAAGUUCUGGUCUAUUUAGUGUGCUUUUUACCUCCCCAUUUGGGAAAACCCUCUUUAACAUUUUUUACUGUUGCGAUAUAUUAUCCCGGUCUAUUACUGUUCAGGACCCCAAGACAUUAUUCAGUACGUAGCCCGAGCAGCUAGGUCCAUUUCGGCCCAUUCUGGCCCACUUUAGCCAUUUGGGUCCAUUCCGGCCCAUGCGGCCCAUUAGGGUGGAUUAUUUCCCCAUCCCCUUUCUCUAUAAAUAUGGGAGUUUCCCUCCAUAUUAGGAUCCUUUUUUCCUUCUUCCCCAUGCUUCUUCUUCUCCCUAGAAUAGCUUACAAGACUCCAUUAAUGGGAGCUCAAAAUGUACUAUGUAAUGGUGAGGAGAGUUUAAUGAGAAAGAGAGGGCUUGGACAUUAGCCUAAAAAGUCCUGUGGUUUUCUCCCUUUCGGGUUUCCACGUAAAAACUGAGCUUAAUCAUACAUAUACAUAUAUACAUAUAUAUAUACAUAUAUAUAUACUAUAUCAUGUUGGAUUAACCUCAACACUGGCGCCGUCUGUGGGAAUCUGUCCAAAAAGAUUCAUGUGUUCUACGCAAAAUUGAUACGAAAUGGACCGAUUUCAACAAAAACUAAAAAAAAAGAUGUUGGACAGAUCGAGAUCCAGAAAUAAUUGGAAGGAGCAACCAUGCUCUGAGACGAAGGUGGAAUGCGAACUCCGGACUGCCCCGAACUUCAUCACCCUAGCCGAGGCUUUUUCAUCAAGUCGGAGCACCUGGCCGACGUCAUUGCAGUGGACAAAUCCACCUCGCCGAUUAGUACGGUUUUCCCCUGCUUCUACUGCAGCUCAACCUUGGGCCAGAUGAGUUCCGCCAUUAAUGGCGGUUUGGGGCUCAGAAGGUGUGCGCUUCGGAGCUCAGCCGACUUCCCAUCGAAGAUUAUCCCCUCUGGUUGUCUUUGCUCUGCUGCAACCACCAUCUUCACCGGCGGAAGUGGCCGGCACACGCGGCUUGCCUUUUCUAAAGGAUACUCCGCAUAUUGCUGCUUGGACCUAAGCGCACCACGUCCGCGAAAUCCAGGCCAAGUAAAAGGGUUGAUAUCUUGGGGAGUUGGACCGAGUCAAGGUUGGGGAAGUCCGGUAGGAAAGCGAGGCCCUCUUGGUUGGACGUACGUCAUCUUGGGAGACUUGGAGUGGCUGAAUUAAUUGAAGUCCUUGGCUCUUGAGCAAGGUUGACCAGGUCCAAAUUAAGGAGGGAAUGAGGAAUCAAAUCUAAAUUCACCAAGUUCUACAAUCCCUGCUGGCCGAAGAGUUUGACUACAAAAAGCUAAGUAUCAAACGAACUCCCUCAUUUACUGAUUAAAGUUUUAUUUGGAAUAGUAAUUCUAAAUAUCAAUAUUGAUAGUAUUAUUUUCAUCACCAUUAUUUAAAAGGGAGUAAAUUUUCCCAAAAUGAAAUAGUGCGAGCGAUGCUCGGGUGAUGAUUAAUUUCAUCGUCAUUUAAAUUUAAUGACUGGUUGUUGUGGGCCCGUCGGCCCGCUCCCUAUCGGCUUUAAUUAGCGAACGGAGCGUAUCUGAAUUGCCUUUGGUAGGAUAGUAUCAUUACUAUUACUAGUUACAUCACUAUCAUUUAUUAGGGAUAAAAAUGUCCGGACUUAAAUAAUGUGGAGCGAAGCUCUAGUGAUGGUUAGUUCGGCCAACUUUUUUAUUGAAUGUUUAAUUGUUGGUGGGCCCGAUUAGCCCACUCUCGAUCAGCUUUGAUUAAGUGAUCCAAGCGUCUCCAGAGGGCACUGCCCCGAUAACGCGUUUUAAUUUGGGGGUUACGCAUUAGUCCGCACAGCACCAAGUGCCUGAGCGACGAUCGUUCCCUAGUACCAUCUACGCCACUAGGCGAAAUGACUGUGCCAAACGCGGCAUGUGGGGCCCGAGGGCACUAGAGCCCUCAACCUCGUUUUUUCGAGGGCAGUGCGACCAACUUGGGUCUGAGUUUUCAAACUCACAGACCAGUGGUUAUUUCUAUGAGACGUUCGGCAGGCUGCUAAAAGGCCCCGCCGCGAGCUGCUACGUCCAACAACCCCACACGAUGAGCCGGGCCGAGGGUCACGAUAACCAUUAGGCCGGUAAUCGUGGAUGUUGAAAAAAAAAAAGGAAGCCACGCAGAUGGCUAUAUGUGUAUAUAUAUUGUUAGGCCGAGCGGCCCGUUGCCAUGUUAGUUAUGCAGUUAAGGUCGCUUGACGCACUCGAGCAAAAGAUUAAAUGACGCUCGGCACGAAUUCCAAAGGACGUUCCAAAGCGGCUAAAGAAAAAAGGCUGCGAGACGUUCAUACUUCCCCAAGAGGCCGAGGGCCAGGAGUAGACCAUCGCGGGCGAUAACCGUAAGACCGAACACCUCCACCCAGAGGCCGAGGGCCGAAAGGAAACCAUCAUGGCUGAGAGCCGUGAUACGAGCAUCUCCACCCCAGGAGCCGGUGGCCUAGAGGAGACCACUACGGCCGAGGGUCGUGAGACCAUCCUUACAUCACGACCGACCUCACAGUACGACGUGUUUACAUCCUGAAGACCGGUAUCAUCCCCGCGCUGCGCAGAUGAGAGCCGUUGCACGGAUACACUUGACCGGCUUCUCAUUGCCGACAUCAUUAUAUCACGACCGGCCUCUCGGCACGGCGUGUUUAUCUUUUGAAGACCGGCCUCAUCCCCGCGCUGCGCGGAUGAGGACCGUUGCUUGAUUUUAGGUCGGCCUCUCAUUGCCGACAUCAUUAUAUCACGACCGGCCUCUCAGCACGACGUGUUUAUCUUUUGAAGACCGACCUCUCAGAUCGGCCAUCAUUGCCGACACUAUCAUACCAUGUUUGGCCUCUCGGCACGUCAUGUUUAUCUUUUGAAGACUAGCCUCGUCUCUGCUCCUCACGGAUGAGGACCGUUACUUGAUUCUCUUUAUCGGCCCCUCAUUGCCGACACCACUAUGUCACGACCGGCCUCUCGGCACGGUGUGCCUUCCAUGUUUGAAGACCGGCCUCGUCCCCACCCCUCGCGGAUGAGGACCGUUGUUUGGCUCUUUCUGAUCGCCCCCCAGGCCGAUACUUUUACAUGACUACCGACCCCCUGGUACGGUGCCAUUAUCAUAUUUGAAGACCGGCCUCGUCCCCGCCCCUCGCGGAUGAGGACCGUUGCUUGGCUCUUUCUGAUCGCCCCCCAGGCCGAUACUUUUACAUGCUUACCGACCCCCUGGUACGGUGCCAUUAUCAUAUUUGAAAACCGGCCUCGUCCCCGCCCCUCGCGGAUGAGGACCGUUGCUUGGCUCUUUUUGAUCGGCCCCCAGGCCGAUACUUUUACAUGGCUACCGACCCCCUGGUACGGUGCCAUUAUCAUACUUGAAGACCGGCCUCGUCCCUGCUCCUCGCGAAUGAGAGCCGUUGCUUGAUUUUCAGGUCGGCCCCUCAUUGCCGACAGCAUUACAUCAUGACCGGCCUCUAGGCACGGCGUGUUUAUCUUUUGAAGACCAACCUCGUCCUCGCGCUGCGCGGAUGAGGACCAUUUCUUGAUUCUUUCAGGUCGGCCUCUCAUUGCCGACAUCAUUACAUCAUGACCGGCCUCUCGGCACAGCGUGUUUAUCUUUUAAAGACCGGCCUCGUCCCCGCCCUUCGUGGAUGAGGGCCGUUGCUUGAUUCUGUCAGGUCGGCCUCUCAUUGCCGACAUCAUUAUAUAUCACGACCAACCACCCGGCUCGGCGUGCUUUUCAUAUUUGAAGACCGGCCUCAUCCCCGCUCCUCGCGGAUGAGGGCCGUUGCUUGAUCCUCUCUGAUCGGCCCCUAGUGUCGACAUUUUUACAUGACCAACGACCCCCUGGUACGGUGCCACCAUCAUAUUUGAAGACCGGUUUCAUCCCUGCGCUGCGCGGAUGAGAGCCGUUGCUCGGAUGUUUCGGUCUGACUCGACACUAUUGUCAUCUUCUUAUCAGGACCGACUACUCAGUGACAUUAUGAUUACCUGUAUAUCGGCUCCCAAUGCCGACCUUCUUUGGUUGGCGAUCGGGCUCACCACUCCCCUCCCGGAUGGUGACCAUCGCCUUCGCAUGAUGACCAGCAAUUACAUCGCCUCGUCAUUAUAUUCGUUUCGGUAACCCACAACCAUCAGAUUUGACAUCACUUGUAUUCAUUCUUGGAACCGACGAACGUAUUUCCCCCCCUAAAAAAAACGAUAGAGGGGGACGGGCUUAGAACCCGAGACUUGGGAAUCCUAGCGGGAUAAACCAGUUCUUUACACGAGCCUGUCGCGUGCCGAGCGUACUCCGCUUAGCGGGAAGUACGUAGGACCACAGAUAGGUAGUGAACGAAAAACGGGAACCCUGGCAGGGUAAACCAGUUCUUUAUCGGAGUCUGUUGUGUGCCGAGUGUACACCGCUUAGCGGUCCGUACAUAGGACCACGAAUACGGUAGACGAACGAAGACCAGCUCCCCGGAUCAGACAGGGGGGACCAGUUCUUUAUCGGAGUCUGUUGUGUGCCGAGUGUACACCGCUUAGCGGUCCGUACAUAGGACCAUGGAUACGGUAGACGAACGAAGACCAGCUCCCCAGAUUAGACAGGAGGAACCAGUUCUUUAUCGGAGUCUCUUGUGUGCCGAGUGUACACCGCUUAGCGGUCCGUACAUAGGACCACGGAUACGGUAGACGAACGAAGACUAGCUCCCCAGAUCAGACAGGAGGGACCAGUUCUUUAUCGGAGUCUGUUGUGUGCCGAGUGUACACCGCUUAGCGGUCCGUACAUAGGACCACAGAUACGGUAGACGAACGAAGACCAGCUCCCCAGAUCAGACAGGAGGGACUAGUUCUUUAUCGGAGUCUGUUGUGUGCCGAGUGUACACCGCUUAGCGGUCUGUACAUAGGACCACAGAUACGGUAGACGAACGAAGACCAGCUCCCCAGAUCAGACAGGAGGGACCAGUUCUUUAUCGGAGUCUGUUGUGUGCCGAGUGUACACCGCUUAGCGGUCUGUACAUAGGACCACGGAUACGGUACACGAACGAAGACCAGCUCCCCAGAUCAGACAGGAGGGACCAGUUCUUUAUCGGAGUCUGUUGUGUGCUGAGUGUACACCGCUUAGCGGUCCGUACAUAGGACCACGGAUACGGUAGACGAACAAAGACUAGCUCUUCAGAUCAGACAGGAGGGACCAAUUCUUUACCGGAGUCUUUUGCGUGCCGAGUGUACACCGCUUAGCGGUCCGUACAUAGGACCACUGAUACGGUAGACGAACGAAGACCAGCUCCCCAGAUCAGACUGGAGGGACCAGUUCUUUACCGGAGUCUGUUGCGUGCCGAGUGUACACCGCUUAGCGGUCCGUACAUAGGACCACGGAUACGGUAGAUGAACGAAGAUCAGCUGCCCAUAUGAGACAGGAAGGACAACACCGGGAUUUACGGUUCAGCUCGCUCAUACCUUCCAGGGUGGCGACGAACGUCUUAUGCAGCACGAUCGGCCCCUCAGCGCCAUCGUGUCUAAACCUUGUUCAGCUCGCUCAUACCUUCUAGGGUGGCAACAAACAUCUUAUGCAGUACGAUCGGCCCCUCAGUGCCAUCGUGUCUAGUCCUUGUUCAGCUCGCUCAUACCCUCCAGGGUGGCGACAAACGUCUUAUGCAGCACGAUCGGCCCCUCAGUGCCAUCGUGUCUAGUUCUUGUUCAGCUCGCUCAUACCUUCUAGUGGCGACGGACGUCUUUUGCAGCACGAUCGGCCCCCUCAGCGCCAUCGUGCCUGGCUCGUGUUCGACUCGCCCAUCCCUUCUAGGAUGGCGACGAACGUAUUUAUGCAGCACGAUCAGCCUCUGAGCGCAAUCGUGUCUGGCUCAUGUUUGGCUCACCCAUCCCUCAAGAAUGGCGACGACCGUCUUAUGCAGCACGAUUGGCCCCUCGGCGGCAUCAUGUCUAGUUCAUCUUCGGCACCGCCCAUACCUUCUAGGAUGGGGCCCCGUCUUAUGCAACACGAUCGGCCCCUCAGCGUCGUCGUGUCGUUUCCACGUUCAAAUCGCGCAUCUCUUCCAGGAUGGCGAUGAACGUCUCUUAUGCAGCAUGAUUGCCCCCCCGGUGACAUCAUGUCUAGUCCAUCCUCGGCUCGCCCAUUCCCUCCAGAAUGGCGACGACCGUCUUAUGCAGCACGAUUCGCCCCUCAGCGGCAUCGUGUCUAGUUCAUCUUCGGCACCGCCCAUGCCGUACUGGAUGGGGGAUCCGUCUUAUGUAGCACGAUUGGCCCCUCGGCGGCAUCGUGUCUAGUUCAUCUUCAGCUCUGCCCAUGCCGUACCGGAUGGGGGACCCUUCUUAUGUAGCACGAUCGGCCCCUCGGUGGCGUUGUGUACAGUUUAUCGAUGAGAUCUACCACUUUAUGCCACAUCUUACAUUGCACUCAUACAUUACAUGCAUACAUACAUUCAUGCAUCAUACCUCAUACAUUCAUACAUACACAUAUACAUCAUGUAUUGUCAGUUCCGCGUCGUCAGCUUAUAUUAUGCAGGGACCUAUAAGCUUCUCCAUUGGAAAGCUCGAGUAAGAGUCCUCUACUCCCACCUGAUACAUUUAAGGGGAGAGUGUCCGAGGAAGAGCAUCCCUUGCUCGACCCCAUCGGGAGGGGAGCGCCUUACCGGCAGGUUAUAAUCAGAGGGGCAGACACCCACUCAUAUAUUAUGAUUAUUCGAAGACACAGUUUCCAGGAAGACAGAGGAAGAGCGCAGGCAAGAGUAUAAUUUCUCGAGCAGAUUCGCACGCUCACUACUCAAGAAACUGGGGGACUUGUGUUGGGAUAUGUUAUCCCGGCCUAUUACUGUUCAGGAGCCCAAGACAUUACUCAGUACGGAGCCCGAGCAGCUAGGUCCAUUUCGGCCCAUUCUGGCCCACUUUAGCCAUUUGGGCCCAUUCCGGCCCAUUAGGGUGGAUUAUUUCCCCAUCCCCUUUCUCUAUAAAUAUGGGAGUUUCCCUCCAUAUUAGGAUCCUUUUUUCCUUCUUCCCCAUGCUUCUUCUUCUCCCUAGAAUAGCUUACAAGACUCCAUUAAUGGGAGCUCAAAAUGUACUAUGUAAUGGUGAGGAGAGUUUAAUGAGAAAGAGAGGGCUUGAACAUUAGCCUAAAAAGUCCCGUGGUUUUCUCCCUUUCGGGUUUCCACGUAAAAACUGAGCUUAAUCAUACACAUUUAUAUAUAUAUAUAUAUAUAUAUAUAUAUAUAUAUUUACUAUAUCGUGUUAGAUUAACCUCAACAUUUACCCUCUUAACAUAACGAGCAAUUUUAGCCGAUUCAGUCAGAAAUGCAAUAUCGAUCUUACUUGAUGAUAAAACAUAUGUCAUUAUUAAACAAUUUAACGUGCAACAAUGAGUAUUUCUUGUUCGAUAAAACAUUGAUGAUAAGGAAGAUAAACCAAAUAUAGGGUUUACCAAAUAAACACUGUUUAUUUGCUGGCAGAUAAACACUGUUUACCAGGUAUAAUUUGCUGGCAGAUCUGGAAAUCCUAUACUGGUUUGGUAUGAGGCUCGGAUGGCAUAUCUCCUAAAGUUGACUCUCUUAUUUCUCAAAUUAAGAUUUUUUCUCAGGAUUGGGUAUCUAGUUUCUCAACUAGCAAGAUUACCCAGGUUGGGGCGAUUCUGUAUGAAGAGCAUCUGGUCCCUAGGAAUUUUCGUCUACCCCGACCUACGUUUAAAGCUAUUUUAUGGAGGAAACCUAAAAGAUCUUAUAAGCUCAAUGUUGAUGCGAGUUUCUCACCUCAGAAAGUUGCCGGAGGUGCUAUCUUGAGGAACAGUGAAGGCAGGUUGGUCAUGGCGAUUUCAUUCCCAAUUUCAGCGUCUUCCGCUUUUGAAGCUGAGUUGCUUGCUGUCAUACAUGCGACUUCUUGGGCGAUUGAUGCUAGUUUUACGGAUUUCCAGGUUGAAAUGGAUUCUAGGGAAGCUCUGGAGCAUCUGCAUCGUAGAGGAAGAGGACGAUGGAGCGGUGAGGUCAACGAUUUGUUGGAUCUGUCUGAGAGCAGAACGAUUUCCUAUUUUGCUAUCUUGAGGGAAGCAAAUUGGGCUGCCCACUUUUUAGCAACCUCUUUUAUGGAUCGGCCCAAAAACUACUUUCAAAUUGCUGAUUUACCACAUCAAGCCCGUAAUGCAUAUUUUAUGGACCUUUUUGGGCUUCCUUCAGUUAGAGUUGUUCGCUAAUUAUUUAUUUUCUUGUUUUAAAUUGGGUCAGGUCGCGUCUUACCCCCCAAUUGUUGUUCUUUCUGUCUCUUUUUUUUUCGAAGAAGUAUGCUUCUUCUGGAGAGGUUUUGGCCUAGUCCCCCUUUCCGUUUGUAUCUUUUUUAUUUCUAAUAAAACUCGGCAAAUGUUCC